AUGUCUUAUCACAGCCGAAACGCCAGUGGAAGCAGCCACUCUUCUCUGCUCCGUCUCCCUAGCCCCAUUGAGCUAGAUGAGGAUCAUACCUUCUCCAAAGCAGCUCUCUAUCCCCUCGACCACACAGACUACGAGCCUUGUCGCAAGAGGAUCAUCAACACCAGCUUCGGCGCCCGCCGGGUCAUCCGUUUCAUCAACCAUCUAGAGACCCAUGACCCCGUCCAGCACGAUGCCGCGGUGAAGAGGCUUAUCGAGAUUGGUGUCGAUGUGGAUGACUUGGUUCGUCUUUCUAAGCGUCGUGCUGAAGUUCCCUGGGAGGAGACUUGGCCGUAUAACUGGGAGAAGAAAGAGGGUUUGCUUUUGGGAUAUAUGAAGAGGAACUUGCCUCGUUGGAUUGCGAUUAUGAAAAAGACAGAGGCUCGGGAGGCUGCCGAAGCUAUGGGUGAAACUCUUGAAGACGAUGAUUCAGACGAUUAUAUCACCGCUGAUGAGAUGGCUGAGACUGAAGCUACCCAGGAGCACGAGGUUCGUCCAAAGGAAGAGGUUGAGGAUGGCGUGGAUAUCGAACAGACGAAAGGUUCCACGGCUAAGGAUGAAGAUAUUCAUACCGAGGCUAGUUCUCCUAAGAGUUCGAUGACUCUCAUGGAGUUAAUCGCGUCCUAUCGCAAGGCCCAUGCGGAACAGAAACGAGCUGGACAGAUGCAGAACCAGAAGAAGGAGAUCGAAGUCUGA